AUGUACAGCCACCAGCCACAGCCACUGAGCAACCUCUCACGAUCCCUGCCACCAACACCAAGCCAGCUGCAUUCCCCAGAUCUGCCGGACGACAAUGAGGCUUCCGAUGAUUAUUUUGUAGACUCUGAGGACGUCCCUUUACCCUUCCCUAUUCAAACCAUUGUUGCAGACCCGCAGACUGGACUGAGUCUGACGCUUAUCUCUGCUCUCGGCGCCGGAUCCUAUGCCGUAGUCUAUCUCGCCAGAGAAGUGGCUUCCGGAACCUUGUAUGCCCUCAAGUGUCUUGGAAAGGACAAGCUGACAGACGAGGAAGUAGCGAUCCAGCGAAAUGAGGUUGUCAUUCAUACGUCGCUGCCCAAGCAUCGAAAUAUUAUACAUUUAUUUAAUAUGUUUGAGACAAAGGAUCAUUUAUUCCUGCUUCUUGAAUACUCUUCUGGAAUGGACAUGUAUCAAUGGAUCAGUAUGCGUUCUGAUAAGGCAGACCCCAUCACUGGAGAGCUCUACUCUCCCAAGGCGCGCUAUGGUGUCAUCAAAACAGUGUUUGAUCAGGUCAUGGAGGGUGUGGGAUUAGUUCAUGCAUGUGGUGUAGCCCAUCGAGAUCUUAAACCAGAAAACUUUUUGAUCGAAUUUUCCGAUGGCCAUUAUACUGUUAAGCUUACGGACUUUGGUCUCGCCACGACUGACUCGCAGUGUGACGAAUUUGAGUGUGGUAGUAAGCCCUAUAUGAGUUUUGAAUGUCGCAAUGGCUUAGAUGCGACAUAUGAUGUACAGAUGGCCGAUAUUUGGUCACUUGGAAUUAUUCUUAUCAAUCUAUUGUACCAUCGAUGUCCUUGGUCUGACCCAUGUCCACAAGAGUCAUAUGCAUUUUCGGAAUUUUUGAAGAGCAGAGUGGACUUUUUGCAA